AGAACUGCCUCAAGCUGAUGGCUUCCUUUGAAUCAAUAUCUGGGGAAGCUUCACUGAAAUCCCACUACCAGCUGCUAGGAGUCGGCAUUAGCGCUACAGAGGAAGAGAUCAGAAGAGCGUACCGAUGGAAGGCCCUUCGUGCGCAUCCAGACAAGAACAAGGGUUUGUCUCAGGCGGAAGAGAUAAUGAAGAAGUUGAACAAAGCUUACGAGACUUUAACUGACACAAUGAAACGCGCAGAUUAUGAUGAACAAAUGGAAGAAAGCGACACGAUGAAAUCGAAUACCGCAGAGCCACUUCAUUCAGGAUUUCGGUUGUCGGAAUCUUUCUUGAAGUCGUUCAUGACGUGGACCACCUCAUCUGAACUGCCUAGAGAAAACACCGUCGUUGAAACGCUUGACAGCGAGCUGAAGGACUUUCUGAAAGGACCUGUCGACGACUUAUGGCAAUACCACGCCACGGAAACAAGUGUUGCUGCCUCCAGUAAGCGCUGCAAGCUGAGUAAACUUGACGACCUUCUACAAACAAUCACUGGGAACAUAAAUGCAAGGUCAGGGAGUUCAUGUUACAGUAAUUCUACUAGAGAUCGUCUCACAAAGUCAAGAGACGCGCGAUCGCAUGCCUCACUCGGUCAAAGCAAUGCGUCUUUAGACUGGGUAGUGACCGCUAUAGACUGUUGUAGGAAGGGUUGCUUUGGACAGAAGCCAGUCUUUUCCGAGGCGAGCGGUAUCAGUACCGUACCAAUAUUUGACGUAUCUGCUUUACGUACUGAUACGUUACGAUCUCUGUUUUGUCUAUUUACAACGCCGGUACAGAACAGCAACUUAGAAUUGUUGUCUCGCACAGACUUGAUAACAACGUUCUUUAACGAGUUUGUACCUCGAGUUCCUGUGGAUGAUCCAAUGAACGAUUCAACGGCCACUAGCAGUAGCAGUAGUGUUUGUUGUGACUGCCGCCGUCGACCCAAGUUUUUCAGAACGGUGUUUAGGCGUCAGAAAAUAUGCUCGGUGUGCAGAAGGGAACUCUGUUUAGUUUGCUCAAAACAGCAGCGCCAUAUUUCAGGCAGGCAGUCUAGUUUAGCUGUUCCUGUGUGCACUGAAUGCUCCUUGACGCUAGACAAGACAGAAACAAACAAAUGGAUGCAGCAGUCUAGAAGGUUGCUACUACAGGAAAACAAAACAUCGUUUACUGCCGCUUGUGGAUGUGUUGCAAUGGCUAUCUGUAGCUCCAAUGAUUGGACAUCAGUGCUCCUCUCGCUCACUAAGCACCUGAUUCAAAACAAUUGGCCAGAGAUGGGAUUAAGGCUAAUAGCUCCUCUGUUAGUGAACAAAAAUGUUUCUUCUAAAGAUUAUGUAAAAUCUUUAAUGCUUUUGGCAUCAGCUUUGGAGAAAUCGUUUGCUAGACGACCACAUUUGAAAUUCAUGUAUUAUCAGUAUGAUUUGUUGUUAGCAGCUAAAGAAGCAUACGUAACAGCUGAAAGCGUGCUUGAAAUGGGGGAUGAUCAUACACUAGAACCACUUCAAAUAUCCCAGAAAAAACUAGAGCUAGAUUCAACAAUACGCAAGCUGUUUGAAGAAGGAGAGAAGAGAAUGUAUUCAGAAACAAGCAAGCGAAUCGUGCAGCUGUGGGAAUCGAGAGAAUGGGAGAGCCUACUGUCCAUGUUGAAGGCAAAAAUCAACAGCAACGACCCUCAAUCACAUAAGCAGACAGAUCGAAUUGUAAUGCAUGCUUUUGAGAAUUUUCUGAAUGGCAAAAAGGAUUAUCUGGAUAAGAUGUUGAAAGAAGAUCGCUCAGGAUUGUUAGUCCUAAGAGGUUUGUGGAAGAUAAAACGGCAGGACGUCACUGCGGGACUCUGUGACGUGCAAACAGCUGUCUGGAAUGGCAUUCAUUUAGAAUGUCUUUUGAAGGCUGCCAUAGACGUAGCCGUCGAUUUGACGGACUCUGACAUUUCUGACUCUCUGAAUCAACGCUUUAAGGUUAUAUUUAGUGGAAUAAAACACAGUUCUGCACGGGACUUGCUUCGUAGUGCAAUUGACAGUAAUCUCUUUGGUUUACUUCCAACCGAUGAGGACCUAAUUCCUCCGAGUACACUAAGCUGGCCGGAACUUGUAGUUCCUGGCAUAAACGCAAGAGCCACUCGAAAGUACGAAGAAUCAGUGAGACGACAUAUUUCAGAGGGAAAGUGGUCGGAAAGAAAUGCAGCUGUUGCCUAUAUUGAUUUAGUUUCAAGCAGUAAUCAUCCGGCAGAAGCUGUCGUGUCUUUCGUUAUUGCGGGUCUUUGGUUUCUGAAAGAGUUGCAAUUGGCAGUAGAGAACCAGGAGAGUCAAGCGGCCGAAAGACAACUUGCUGGAAAUACCAAAAGUGACAGCAUCAAGUCCUCGGGAAAAGAUUCCCGUCCUAGUGACGAGUUUCACAACGUGUUUGCUAUUGAGCAAGCAGUUGUAGGGUGCAUGAAGCAAGCCUAUCUUCUAGCCACGACGGUUCUUCACCCUGGAAUGCAACUGUAUGUCUUCCGCUUGGCUCUGAAGGCGACAGUAAGUGCUGUCCACUUGGUGAACGAACGUGCUACUCCGGAGGAUGGCACAUUUAUCGUCAGUAUCCUCCACAGUCUCCUGUACGUCUGUAGGAUGAAUCCGUUUUGGAAUGUCCCUGUAGUGAUGGUAUCAGAGGCCGUAAUUCUCAACAUCAUUUCUGGCAAAUUGCACAGCCAGUACGUCGUCAAUCUGCAAAGCAAGAAAAGAAAACCUCUCAGAGAUGCAGAACUAAAGUACCAAAUUUAUGAAAAUGAUCUUCUUGGAAUUUGCCACACGGAAGCACCAGACCUUCGUUUUAGCGCCAUGCAAGAGGCUCUUCGAGAGAAAGGCUGGACAUGUCUAGAUGUAUCUCGGCUUAUGACAUCUCCAUUGUCUGCGCGCGACAAUGAUGGCUGGUUGGUGCCAAGUGAUUCACUCGGUGUCCCUUUGCCAUAUUCAGAGCUGAGAGGAUUUUCGUUAAAGAUCGACUCUGAUGAAGAUGGAAGCUCUAUUAGUAUCCUAGUGAAGAUGGCCGAUGGCGACCAAAACGGACUUUUCGGACCAGAUGAUGUUUCCGAAGUGCUUAGUUUCAAGUCUGGAGGAAGUUUCUUUAGCUUAGAGCCUCCUAGUAGGAAAGAACGUUUCCAUCCUUUUCAAGAGUUUAGAUAUGAACCAGAAGAACUAAAAGGUACAGACUUUCUCCACACGAUGUUUGAAACAGACUACCUGCUGAAGUCGUUUAGUGUCGGUGUGGAGGUAUCGGCCACUUCACCUUUCAACCAGCGUUCCACUGACGAGCGACUAUUGCAAAACCUUCCUGCCCACCUACGACAGAUUUUGAAACCUAUGCUUUCCCGUGGUUCGGUUUUCCAAAAGACUUGCCGUUUCUGGAUUCAGGCCGACGAAUUGGUCUACUCUGAGACCCAUGACUCAACAGGGUCGUGCAAGAAAUAUCACUUGGAAAAUCCAAAAAUUGUGGUUCGUACCCAUCCUCUAAUACGGGAUAUUGACGGAAAGCUCCAGGACGCUUCAGUGAACGACGAUUACGAAAGUCCAGAAGCGCAGUUUGCUGCAGACUUCACCACUCACUACGACGAGAUUGCUCGUUACUUUCCACUUUUUGCCAGACUGAAAGAACUGGUGAAACUGCAGUUCUUUGCUGCAGUAGUCCAUAGCAUUUUGGAAAACCUAGAGAGGGAAAGUGACGAAGAUGCACCCGUGCCCGACUCCAUCAUACAAACUAUUCAAGAAGAACAACGAAGAAAACAAAAGGAAGCUUUGUUGCAAGGGCUACCCCAGAUAAAGAGCCAAAUUGGGGUUUGGCCAGCAGCCGAAAAUGAAUUCGAGGUAAUAUCAGCCGUAAGGAGAAUUGAAAAUGAACUGCCGUUCUCGUAUUCUCGUCUGUAUGUACCAGAUGCAGACAUAGAGUUGGAAGUAAAAAAAGUUCUGCGAGAGAGAGACCAAAAAGUUCUCUCUGACAUAACAAGGAAUCUCAUGCAAGUGUGUCGUUCUGAAGUUUCCUUCGGUAUCCUAAAAACCAUGGUUUCCAGAUGGCUUUCCAGUAAUGCCUCCACGAACUCUCUGGACAAUUUAGUGCAGUUUAUCGAUAAAAACAUGCGUGUCUUUACUCGAGCUAAAAUUCAGCAGAAGAAAGCAAACGAACUUAAGGCUGCCCACAGAUCGUUUAAGAAAGAAGUGAGCGUUAUGAAAAGAAGAAAACAGCGUAAAGAACCAAGUGUUACUGCAUGCAAAUGGGUACCUGCAGCUCUACUUCGACAACCAAACAGUAAGAGAGGUUUUUGUCUUUGCUAUGGAGGCGUGCUGCUUACACCGACCUGUCGAGAAGGCGUGGUAGCACAAACUGAUAGUCGUGAUGAAAAUAUCCAGACCAUCAGUAGCAGAAAUAUACACACAUUUAUAGCUGCUAGCAAUGACCAAGUAAAAAGCAACCGCAGCAGCUACACAGCUCUCAAAUCUUAUCGGCAAGGCUUGGUUGCACAAACUAACAGUCGUGAUAAGAAUAUUCAGACCAUCGGUAGCCGAAAUAUACACAUGGUUAGAGUGCCAGCAGUGAGCAAAGGCCAAGUAAGAAGCACAUCCAGCAGUUCUCACUGCGGAGCUCGCACGUUGAAAUCAAAGGAGUCCGUCCGUUCUGGAUCUUCAAACGUUGCCACAGUACCUUCCCGAGCUGCUGCUGCCACUGUCCGUUCCGAAUUUUCAAACGUUGCCACAGUACCUCCCCGAGCUGCUGCUGCCACUGUCCGUUCUGGAUCCUCAUACGCUGCCACGGUACCUCCCCGAGCUGCUGCUGCCUCUGGUGGCGGCAGAAGCGAUGGCAAUGGCGAAAAUGUAAUCAAGAAGCCCUCGAUGUUGUCGAAGCUUUAUUGGAAGUACGGAAAAAGCCUGUGCAAGUCAAAACUGUCCUUGACAGACAUGCCUGGAUGCCUGACCAGCUUUCUCAAACACUCUUUUCAAGAAAUUUGUGAGCAAGUCGAGACCUCUCUUAGCGAUGCAUUGCCAAACCCGAAGAAGGACAACAUGCUAACAGUUCUAGGAGGCAAAGAGAAGCACUUCCAGAUGUUUGUAGCUAAACUAUUACGUUGUCGCCUUUCAUCGACCAGACACGAGCUCCUGUUGGGUAACACCGUAAAUUCAUUGAUCGUUCCGCAAGAUAACCUUCUGAGUUGGUCGGAUGGGUUUGAAGAAUGGAUGUUAAAGUCGAGAAACUUUGCUCAUUGGGGGCGACCAGACUUUGUGAUUGCGACAACAGAGCGAGGUGGCGGAGUCUCUUACACCAUUCUAGAAUUGAAGGUUUGCCAUCGGUUAGAGAAUGUGUACAGCUAUUUUGCAGGAAAAAACGAUCUUCAUUCGGAUGAACAUCCAAAGUACUCACGCAACGGGGUACGAGUUUGUCAAAGCGAAACACUCGUGCAUCUCCUCGGGCGUGCCGAAAAUCAAGUUAGAGAGUACAGUAAAUGGUGGUCUUCAAUGCUUAAAGACAACAGUUUCUUUUCUACUCGAGUGUUUUACCAAGUUGUUAUUGGAGUACUAGACAAACAGCUCAAAGGCCAAUACCUCCUUUCUGACGUUGUAACGAGCGAGCGAAAACUAUAUGGCGACAGGAAAUUGAUUUGCUAAUCAAAGACAGAUAAUUGAGUAAACUCACGAAAGAAGAAUUGCGUCUGGUGCAUUUUCAACAGUAAAAUUUUUGUUGUAUAAGAAUGAAAACUCACGUAUAUCGUAACUGCUUGUUUUAGUGUAGUUGACAUUUGUGUAUGUCUAUUAGGUGUUUGUGUGCAUUCUUAGCUAUACAAGUGACUCUAGAUAGAUACUAACAGCACGUUGUUAUAUCGACUAUUUGCACUGUUUUGGGCAGUAGUCACUUCGAACCUAUUCGUAUUUGAGAAUAUACUUAUAUACUCUAUGUUCG